AUGAAAAAUAGCAAGGGAGGUCAUAUUGGUCGAAUGACUUCAAUACAAUUCUCAAAACUUCCAUCAUUAAGUCGUAGUGAUAAACAAAGAAAAGUUUCAUUAGAAGAGAGUAAUGAAUUACCAACACCUACUGUACAGUCAUCACAUUCAGAAAAAAAAGGAAAUUUAAUUAAAAAAUUUGGUACUAAUUUGAAUCAAAUGUUUAAAACACCACGAAUUGGUUUUAUGGGAAUGAUUACACCAUACAUCCCUCCUAAAAAUGAAAAUAAUGAUGGUGAAAAUGAAAUUAAAGAAGUUGAUAGUGUUAAAGAAGAACAUAAAAAUGAAGAAUUAGAAAUAACAAAUAAUGAGAAUGAAAAAUAUAUUAUUGUUGGAGAAGAAAUUACUAAAAUUAAAUUAGGAGAUCGAACAUUUCAAAACAUCCCUUUAAUUCAGUCAUAUAUCCAAAAAUAUAUUUUAGUUAGUUUAAAAUAUCAAACUACUAUUCCAUUCGAUAAAUUACCACUUAAAGAAAAACUUGAAUUACUUGAAGAUAAUGGUUUAUCUCAAUAUUCUUCAAUUAUUACUUCAAUUAGUGAAAAUAAAACAACUAAAUUUAAUGUUAGUAAAAUGGAAUGGAAAUUUAGAGGUAUUAAAGAGAAAGAUAUUCCUUUUAUUAUGGAACUUAUAAAUACUCAAGACAUUGGUAGUCAAUUAUUUAAAAAAAUAAGUGAAGAGAGUUAUAAAGAGUUACAUAUUGUUUUGAUGAUUCUUAAUGAGUUAAAUAAAGGGAAUUAUCCAAAUCUCUAUGAAAUUGGUUCUAUUAGAAUUGCAUUAUUAUUAUGGAAACAUUUUUUCCUAUCAUUACCUAAUCCAGUUAUUGAAGAAGAUGUUUAUAAUGAAAUGUUAAUAUAUAUUGAACAAGGAAAUAUUAAAAAAGAAGAAUUAAUUCAAAUGGAAGAGAAUGCACUAGGUAAAAAAGGUGAAAUAAAAAGGGCAGUUUUUGAUUAUACAAUUAGUUUUAUUAAUGAAUUAAUUGAUCAAUGUAAAAUGAAUAAAGAAAUGCAACAAGAAUGUGCAAGUUAUUUUCUAAAUUGUUUGUGUCAAGGGAUGAUUAAUAGAAAGAGUGUUAUAUCUCUAAUUUCAUUAUUAUCAUCACCAUCUAAUAAUGAACAAAUAAUACAAUUUGAAAGUACAUGGCAAUAUGAAGGAGAAUUUAUUGAAUAUUGUUAUAAUGAUGUUUAUUGUCCAUUCAAAUAUAUUACAACACAUGAAAUGAAAGAUGAUUCUUUUAAUUUUGAUUCAUGGGAACAUGGUAAACUCUUUUUAACGAAUUAUAGAAUAAAAUUUGUUCCUGAUAAUUGUGAUGACUCAAGUAAAAUACAAAUAAUUUCAACGAUUGGUCAAAUACCAAUUAAUUAUAUUGCAAGUUUUAGAAUUGAAGAAAGAAAUCAAUUAUACGGCUUGGUAGUGUUUUGUAGAAAUUUUACUCAUUUAUUUUUUGGAUCAAAACAACCAUUUGAUUCUAUUGAUAAAGAAUUUGUUCAUAUUCAAUAUCAGUAUCAACCAUUUAAUGAAUAUCAAUCAAAAAUUUUCGAUGAAAAUACUUUGAAUGAUAUAGUUCAAUUUGAAUAUAAACGAAUUGGUUAUUCUUUUGAUGGAACAGAAUCAAACUCCACAUCUAAACAAUAUAAAAUUAAUGCACCUAUUGUUGAAGGUAUUGAAUGUUCAGAUACAAGUAGAGUUCCUUAUGUUGCUUUCCAAACAAAAAAUAAAUCUAAAAUUAUUCAAUUCUCUUUAUCUUCAAGUAUCUCUCUCAAUUCACCAACUCCAAUUAUUUUUAAUUCUAGUAUUUCUAAUGUUGUAAAAUAUCUUAUAACAUUUCCUGAUAUUGCUCUUAAAGAUAAUGAAACAUAUAAAACAAUGAAAGAUUUAGAAAUGAGACUUUUUGAUUCAUAUACAUCUAAUGCAAAUGAAUGUAUUCAACUCUUCGACUCUACAAUGGAAUGUUACUCUAAUCAAAUAGACACAGUUUUUCAAAUGAUACAUAAAAUAUUAUUAUUAAUUCAAACACCAGAAACAUUAUGUGUUCUUUUACCAAAUAAAAGUUUUGAUUGUUCAGUUAAUAUUGUUUGUUCAUUAAUUGAACUAAUGACAGACUCUCAUUAUAGGACAUUUGAUGGAUUUGUACAUCUUUUCUUAAAAAACUUUGUAUGGAAUAAAUUUCCAUUUCUUGAAACACCUGAACGAGAUUUUAAUAAAUAUUUUAUAUUAUAUUUAGCAUGUGUUCUUAUGUUAAUACAAACAAAUCCAAAUCAAUUUGAAUUUAAUAAUCAUUUAAUCAAAUUCUUCUAUUAUCAUUGUUAUUCUAAACGAUUUAUUGAAUUUCUUCCAUUUCAAGUUUAUGGAUUAGCUAGUGUUUAUUCUUAUCUUCAAAUUCAUAAGAAUGAAUUUAUUAAUACUAAUUAUUUUGAAGGACAAAUUGAAAUUCCAUGUACAAAAUUACAUUUAAAUAAUCUCUUUUCAACUAUAAUUAAUCCUUAUACUUAUAAUUUCUUCACUUUACAAUCAUUACAAUCAAAAUAUUCUCUUGAAUUUCAUCAUAAUUUAGUAUAUUUCCCAUUAUAUGAUGGAAUGUUAAAUAAUUAUACAUCAUUAACAUCAUUAAAUUUAUCUAAUAAUCAUUUAACUUCAUUUCCACAAGAAAUUACUGUUCUUACUGGAUUAAUUAGUCUUAAUCUUCAAAAUAAUCAUCUUACUGUUAUAGAUGAAUCAAUUACAUCAAUUACUAAUUUAAAAAAUCUUAAUUUGGCUAAUAACGAUAUUUGUCAUCUUUCGAUGUUACAAUAUUUGUCACUUGACUCUCUUAAUAUUUCAUAUAAUCCAUUAGUACGACUUCAUGCUCCAUCCCUCCAAACCUUUGUUAUUUCAGGAUUUUCUUCAAUCUUUCCAAUAACAAUUCCUUCAGUACAAAGAAUUAUUGCUCAUGAUUGUUCAAGUUCUUUUUUAAACUUCAUUAUUAAGACAUUGCCAAUGAUUAAAUUCUUAUCUAUUAAUUCUAUUACUAAGCAAGAAUCAUUACCAUUUAAUAUUACAUCACUAGUCACACUUGAAGAUUUAAGUAUUACAGACUGUGGAAUAGAACGACUUCCUUAUGGAUUUCAAGGACUAACAAACUUAACAUCAUUAAAUUUAAAAAAUAAUAAAAUAACAUAUUUUCCAAGACAAAUGACUUCUUUAAAAAAUCUCAAGGUAUUGUCUUUAAUAGGAAAUCCAUUAAUAUUUUAUCCUCGUUCAUUAGAACCAUUUUGUGAUGUUUCAAUUCAACAAUUAGAAAAGAAUAAAAAUAUUAUUGAACAUAUUGAUGUUGUUAUUACUGGUAGUGAUACAAUUAGAAAAGACAUAAUGUCUUCUAUUGCAAUACUAAAUGGUACAAAUUAUUCUUCAGGUAAUUUAGAGCAUAUGUUAUUAACUUAUAAUGGAUCUUCUUUUGAUGUAGAUUUUAUUUCUGUAGCUCCAGAUAUAUUUGAAGAACAAUCAUAUAAAUAUUGUUAUCUUGGAAUGAUUUUUAUUUGUGGAGAACAAGAAACAGGUAAACGUAUUAAAAAAAUAAUUGAACAAUCAAAUACUGACCAAAAAGUAAUUGAUUUAAUCCAAAAGAAGAAGUCAAAUGGGGAAGUCGAAGAGAUAAAUUUAAAUGUCGAAGAAGUAAUAGAACAAGUUAUAAAAAAUAAACAUAAAGAAACUAUUAUAGAUCAUUUACUUCAUGAAAUUAAAUCAUUUGAAUAUAAAAAUGGAAUUCUUAGAAUAUCAGAAUUAUGUAAUAUUUUCAGAUAUUUUGAACUCCCAAAAGAAAAUGACUCUAAAAUGAUUAAUUCUUUAAAAAGAAAAGGUAUAUUUACUUUAGAUGGUUAUAGAUAUUGUUUAGUUGAUUAUUCUAUAAUGGAUAAAAUCAGAAGUAUCUUGGCAACUGUUAAAACAAAAAAUGGAAUUGUUUCUGUUAUGACUUUACAACAAUCAUUGUCUGUUUCUUCCUAUUCUCUUCAUUUUGUUUUACAUUUAAUGCAUUCUCUUCAUGUUAUAUUAUUAGUUGAUGAUGAGUUCUUUAAAAAAAUGAAUAUUCCAAUGUCGUAUUUGAAAUAUUAUUCAGACCAUCUAUUAUCAAAUGGAUGUCCUAACUCUCUUUCAUCAGACCAAUCUCCAAUAACUAGUCCGGGACUUAAUUUAUCAUCUUUAGAAAAAGAAAACUCUGAAAAAUCAAACUCUAAUUUAAUACAUCAAACCCAUUCUAUUGGACCAACAAGGAAACCAAGAGCUUCUUUUUCUAUUGGAUCAAAAAGAAUGUCACUUAGAACACUCCCACUCCAAACUGAAUCUUCUAUAUCUUCUUCACAUAAAGAGAAUGUUUUAAAUUCACCUCGUUCAGACACAACUACGGAAAAUCAACAGCAACAACCAAGUUACUUAAUAUUUAAUACUAGUUCACUAACAGCUGGGUUUACAAUAGAAAAUUUCUGGCCAUCUAAAUAUCAUAAAAUGGAAUUAGAAAUUGGUCGAGUUUAUGAGUUUUCAUUAAUGCCAAGAGAGAUGUAUGUAAAAUUAUUAGCUUAUCUAUCUAUUUAUUACAAAAUGAUUGUUGUUUGGAAAAGAGGAAUUAUAUGUUCUGAACGAGUAGACUGUGGAGAUAUAUUUAUGUAUUUUGUAUUUUCUCAAUCUCGUCAAAAAUUAUCAUUAAGAUUAAGAUAUCUCAUGGGAGAUGAUAUGACAUUAGAGUCAAUGAAAUUAUUUAAAGAAAUAGAACAUGUAUUAACUACUUUAUCAAAUAGGUUUGAUAUACAAUAUGAUAUUCAUAUUAUGUGUAGUUGUUGUGUUACAAAAGACAAGCCAUUCUUAUUCAACAAAAAACAAAUUAAAAAUUCAAUUAAAAAUAAAGUAUUUGAGAAAAUUGAGAGUGACAAUAAAGAACAUUAUGUUGUUUUACCAUUAUUUGCAUUAGACCUUUUAUUUAUAUGUUUAAAAGAAGUUGUUGGUCAUUGUCUUUCCGUAAAAGAUGUUCACCAAGAAAAGGUAUUAACACGAGGAAGUUCAUCAAUUAUAUCAGUUGGACAUAUUGGAAAUGAUACAAAAAAGAAGGUAGUAAUAAAAGAAAUCAAUGUAGAUAUUAGUAUGUGUCAUAUGGAAGGAAUUAAAUCAUCUGUUGAAGAAUAUUUGUUACGAGUUGGAGAGUUUAUUCAUGAAGUUUAUUCAAUUCAAUUUCAACCAAACGAAAACCUUGCUAGAGUUUAUAAUUAUGUUGAAUGUCCAAUGAUGAUUAUUAUGGAAUAUUUUGAAGAUGGUAAUUUAUUCGAAUAUAUAGAACAUUAUCCAUCUCUGAGUUAUGAAGAAGUUAGAGAUGUUGGUCUUCAAAUUGCAAAUGGAAUUAAACAACUUCAUCUUAUAAAACAUAUUCAUCGAGACUUAAAAACACCAAAUAUAUUAGUAGAAUUAGACUCAAAUAAAAAAAUAAAAAGAUGUGCUCUUACAGACUUUGGAGAAACUAUUCCAGAAGACCAAAGUGGACCAUGUAAUGUUGUUGAAUGUCCAUAUUGGCUUGCCCCAGAAGUUAUUUUAAAUAAUCAUUUCACAGAAGCUAGUGAUGUUUUUUCAUUUGGAAUGAUCUUAUGGGAGUUGUAUUGUUGGAGUCAUCCAUUUCCAGAUGUUAAAAACCUUAGUGUAGUUAGGGAUAUGGUUGCUUCAUAUACAAUGCCUGAAGUUCCACAAAAAGAUGUUCUUUUAUCUAAAAUUAUUCAUUCAUGUUGGGAACAUGAAGAAUAUCGAAGUGAUAUUUUUACAGUUGUAGCACAAUUAGUUGACACACAAAAUUUGUCAAAAUCUAUGACUGGAGAAUUAGGAUUAUUUAAAUUAUUAAAAACAAGAAAGUCUAGUGAAGAUCCAAAGAAAAAGACAUUCUUUAAAAGUUCAUUAAAUCUUACAUUUUCAUCUCCUAAAUAA